GGGCUUUCGCUCGCUGCAUCCUUUUUGCUCGUAAGCGCGCGAGGCUAGGCGGGCGGGAGGCUCAGCGUCACUCACGUCGACUCGGUCUCCUCGGUCGUGUGUCUGAUCCUCUCCUCUCCGUGACGUGUCCAAGCCUCACCGGUACUAACUUGAGCUUAGCGCGUCAGGAACCUUAUCUUAUACCCAACCAAUUUAUCGUUUUGAAUUUUCCCAAAACAACCAAUUUGGAAAGUUGGAAAAUUCAUCUUUUGUUUUGGUAGCCGUCGCAUUGUAAAUAAAAGUUUUCUUCUGUGUAUAAAGUAUUAGAGUAGGUUUGAGACUAUUCAGAACUUAGUGAAUACGCUGACAGAUUAUUGUGGGUGUAUUUAAUUCCGGAUUGAAGCCGUGGAAAGUGUAGUACGCGAAGUCGCAACUCAAGCCGGCCGGUCUCAUUUACAUCUGUCAAGUAGAACAGAUACCUUUUGGCUGUAGAUAAUCUUAUUGGCUGUGGAAAAGCUUACCCUGCCUGCAGUGCGUGCCAAGAGCCCCAGAGUCCCAGCCAUUAGAUUGAGUGGAGUGUCCCCUGCCCACACGUAGCCCUGUACGAAGCCAUAAUUCCACGAGACACUUCGGAUAUCUCCUCCAGCAUGGAUCUGGAGAAAGCCCCUACUCUUCACGAGGAAGACUCCAAAGUCACCCUUACUAUCAGACUGAUUAUGCAGGGGAAGGAGGUUGGCAGUAUUAUUGGCAAAAAAGGAGAAAUUGUUAAGCGAUUCAGAGAAGAGUCUGGAGCGAAAAUCAACAUAUCAGAUGGAUCAUGUCCAGAGCGCAUUGUCACAGUUACAGGCACAACUAGUGCUAUAUUCAAAGCAUUUACACUUAUCUGCAAGAAAUUUGAAGAGUGGUGCUCACAAUUCAAUGAGGGAGGUGGCGGUGGCUCUCGUGCACCCAUCACGUUACGUCUCAUCGUACCCGCUUCACAGUGCGGAUCUCUUAUUGGAAAAGGUGGUUCCAAGAUUAAGGAGAUCCGAGAUGUCACCGGCGCUAAUAUACAGGUUGCUAGUGAAAUGUUGCCAAACUCAACAGAAAGGGCCGUUACGAUCAGUGGUACAUGUGAUGCGAUAACGCAAUGCAUCUAUCACAUAUGCUGUGUUAUGUUAGAGAGUCCACCAAAGGGAGCAACUAUCCCAUACAGGCCGAAGCCUAACGUGGCGGGGCCCGUUAUAUUGGCCGGAGGACAAGCUUACACCAUACAAGGAAACUAUGCUGUGCCCGCGCAAGAUGCGGUGUGUGCGCCGGUGUUCCCCCUGCUGGAGAUGAAGCCGCCACUCGCGGGCGCCCUGCCGCCUCAUCACCUGCUGCCGCCGCCGCUGCACGACCACCUUAUGGGUGGUUUGGGCAAAUCUCCACUUGCGGGGUUAGCAGCGCUCGGUCUCGGUGGAUUGGCUCCAGGAAACGCCGGUGGUUUAAACCCAGCAGCAUUGGCCGCUUUAGCGGGAUCGCAGCUACGCACUUCCAACCAGGGUCGUAACCAACCCGCGACUAACCAGCAAUCUCACGAAAUGACCGUGCCUAAUGAGCUAAUCGGCUGCAUUAUUGGAAAGGGUGGCACCAAAAUCGCUGAAAUUCGUCAAAUAUCCGGAGCAAUGAUCAGGAUAUCUAACUGUGAAGAGCGCGAGGGUGGCAGCACUGAUCGUACAAUUACCAUAACUGGCAACCCCGACUCAGUGGCGCUAGCGCAGUAUCUCAUCAAUAUGAGUGUGGAGCUGCAGAAGGCGAAUCUCGAGGGUGGGUCGAGUUCGAGCGGGUCCGCUAGCCCUCUGGCCUCGGCCAUCCCGCUCGCGCAACUGCUAAGCAAGAGCGGGGCGCUGGGCGCCCUCAGCUCCCUUUCGGCGCUCGGCGGGCUCACGGACCUGCUGGCCGGCGGACCCGCGCCCGUGCAGACCACCGGCGUGCAUCGCUCGCACAAGUUCAACCGCAGGCAGGACGACGAACCCGCAAAGACCUCCAAAGAGCGCAACAAAUACAGCCCCUACUAACUCCCUCAUAGGCGGUGACGGGAAAGCCGACCGCGAAAGCGCGCCCCGCUCUAACGAUGCCUUUCCAAAUGGCUUAAAAGUAGAUAGGGAACAUAGAUACGGGACGGAUAGGGUUGACGAAGGGCGGGGUGCGUCUUCGCGAAUUUCGAUAUCUAUAAUUUGAUACUCUCAUUAGACCGGCCGUGAAACCCGCUGACAGCAAGCUCUCGAGGCGCAAGGACGACGAGCCCUCUAAAACAUCAAAAGAAAGAAAGAAAUUCAGUCCCUAUUAGAAACUUAGGUAUGGAGAUUGUUGGGGUGUUAGUUAGGAACAUAUUUUGACCACUAACCUACAUAUGAAACUAUUGAAAACAGGAACGAAGUUGAUCUUAUAUUUGAUGAUUGAUAGAUAUUAGCAGAUUAUUUUACAAAGGAAACGUUAAAAUAUAUUCCUGACUACAAAAAUUAAAAUACUUUAAAGCAUCAUUGUAAAGGUCGACUUAUGUCAUGGUUUACGUCGCUAAUACGCGGUAAAAUCAGAACUGAACUCAUCCAAAGAUGUGUGUGUCCGAAAGGACCAAAAUUUCUUUUUUAUAUUUUAGUUUUUAAGAAUAAAGACUUAGAAAAAAUAAUUAUGAAAUAAUCACGAUAAUAAGUGAAACAUCGUGUAACAUACACUCAAUGAUGUCCUUAUUUUAAGAUUGAUUUACUUCAAAACUAAAUACUAGUGUUACCUGGCAUCUCAAUAAAAAAUAACAAUAACUAGGGAUUGUGACAAUAGUAGUAGUAUUCUUAAGAAAAGCUUUAUAGGCUGUAAAGUUUAGAGCGCUUUGCGUUUGAUUGUAUACAGCCGUACUGAGAGACGUGUAAAUUGUAAUAUAUUUAUUUUAAAAAUAUAUUUCUACUGGAAGUUUUUCCUAUUAUAAAUUUUUGUUUUUCAUACAAAAGCCCGGUUAGUUUUUUUUUUUGGGCAAAGAUUUCUAGAAAUUAAUGUUGCCGUUAUCCAUUAGUAAUUCACGCUCUCAGCGGAUUCGUUUGGGUCGGUUUCCACCACCAGGGUGAGUAAUGGUUCUUAUCUUCGGUGGAAGCCAAUCUUUAAGAGUCUAUAUGAAACCGAACUACAGGGUUACGACUUCAAACUAUACUUCAUUAGAUGAAGGUUGAUGAAGAAAAAAUUAUCGAUUCACGAAGCUUAUUUAUUUCUUAUUUACAUGUACAAUUAAUGUAUAUAUUUUCUUGACUACGAAUAUAAAAAAAACAUCAAAUAGAAGUAUGGUUUGACUACUGCAGAUAACAUGUUGACUCUAUAUAUUUUAAGUAGUGUAGUCGAGUGAUAUUUAUAAUUGGCGUAAAUAUUUUUAUCGUCUUAAUAAUCAUAGACAAACGAUCGCCUUGGUUACAGUAAAAUUCGAUCGAUUUUUUAAACAGUUUACCAGUUUAAUGUCAAAAUUCACAAGAGCCAAUCAAAUUAUAUAGCGUCUUAAGUUUUUCUUUAGCUCUACGUAUAACAAAUUAUAAGGAACGGUAACAAUUUUUAGCGUUUCGAUUGGCUUUUGUUUAUUUCGUCAUUAAUCUUACCAAUAUAAGUGUUUAAUUCUUAAAUCCACUUAAUAGUCUAUUCGAUUUUACGUGUGUUUGCACAAUUGAGCUCAUUCAAUUUUUAUCGUGUUUAAGGAAGAUUCUCGUAGUGUUAGUAUGGAAUGUUUUGUAUUCUUUUGAGGUGAAGCUAAACGAGGGUAGUUUAGUCUCGUAGCGCUAGAAAGAUGCACCCUCGCUUGGCCUUUACGUCAUCUGAUAAGUUAGAUCUAACAUAAAAUCGAGGUCCAAUUCGAACUUGUUUAAUAAUAGUUGUAGUGUGGGAAAGCAGAUCAUUUGCCUGCUAUUGUAAUUUACUUUGUAAUAAAAAUCAUGUUAUUUUUUAAGGUAAUAAACAUUUUCAUACAUUUUCAGGAAAUCGUAUUACUCGCUAGUAACGUUAAGGACAGUUUUUUGUUUUAAGUACAUAAUAAAAUCAUAAAGGUA